ACCGAGGCUGCGUCUCCGCUCGUUCAGUCCGACACCACAGGUGCGCGAGAGAGGAAGCCUGUACCACAGACCUCCGAAUUUACCGCUCCACGAUCAUCAAUAACAAACAAAAUGUCAUCCCCUUCGAUUCGUGACUUCUACAAGGGUAGAAACAUCCUUGUGACUGGGGGCACUGGGUUCAUGGGCAAAGUGCUCAUAGAGAAACUGCUGUACUCCGUUCCUGAAGUCGGUAACAUCUAUAUAUUGAUGAGGCCAAAGAGAGGGAAGUCUGUUAGUCAGAGAACCGAAGAUUUGCAACGAUUGAAGCUUUUUGAACGCUUGCGCACUGAAAAUCCCAAUGCCUUAAAGAAAUUAAAACCACUGCAAGGUGAUGUUUUGUUCGACAACUUGGGACUAUCUGAUGCUGAUAUAGAACUGUUAACGCGAGAAGUGUCCGUGGUAUUCCAUUUCGCCGCAACGUUGAGACUGGAUGCGCCAUUGAAAGACAAUGUCAAUAUGAACACCUGUGGCACUCAAAGAGCGAUAGACCUAGCAAAGAGAAUGAAGAAACUACAAAUAUUUGUGCACUUAUCUACGGCUUUUUGUUAUCCUGACUACGAAGUGCUAGGAGAAAAGUGCCACGCUCCGCCAGUCAAGCCAGAUAACGUGAUGAAGCUGAUUGAAUGGCUAGACGACAAACAAGUAGACUUGCUAACCCCAUCUCUACUCGGCCCACAUCCCAAUUGCUACACAUUCUCUAAACGACUCGCUGAGAAUAUUGUUGAACAAGCUUAUCAAGACUUGCCGAUUGUGAUCGCUCGUCCUAGUAUAGUAUGCCCAUCAGUAAAGGAGCCAAUGCCAGGCUGGGUGGACAAUCUAAACGGACCAGUGGGCGUGAUGCUGGGCGCUGGCAAAGGCGUCAUCAGAACCAUGUUGUGUGAUGGCUCUCUGGUAGCUCAGGUCAUCCCAGUCGAUAUCGCUAUCAAUGCCAUUAUUGCUAUAGGAAUGAUUGAAGGAAGUAGGACGGAAAAACCUGAAUCAUUGCCAGUAUACAACGUGAACAACGGUCAUCAAAAACCGACGACGUGGGGAGACGUCCUUUCGGUAGCUAAAGCUUAUGGCAGGAAAUAUCCCCUUUCUUGGCCACUAUGGUACCCGAACGGUGACAUCACCACGAACCCAAUUCUUCACGAGUACAAAAGGAUUUUUUACCACUUAGUUCCUGCUUACCUCAUCGACUUUCUUCUGUUUUUAUUAGGCCAGAAACGACUAAUGAUUCGUAUCCAAGAACGAAUAUCCCGAGGCUUGGAAGUCCUGCAAUAUUUCACAAUGCGACCAUGGAACUUCCCUUGUCCUAACUACGAUGCAGUUAGAGAAAAACUAAAUCCAGAAGAGCAAGCAAUUUUCAAUACCGAUAUCAAGGAUGUGGAUCGCGACGAGUAUAUGAAAAUAUGUAUCGAAGGAGGCAGAGUUUUCUGCUUCAAAGAGGAUCCAAAUAAAGUCCCAAUGAAUAGGGCUUAUCACAAUUUCCUUUACGUACUGGACUGGUUCGUCAAGAUCAUGUUUUGGCUGUUUGUAUUCUCCGUGUUAGCUAGUUGGUUUUCGCCUGUCAAGUCACUAUUCUCUUUAGGGGAGCCUGUUGUCAAGCACCUGCCAUUCUUAGGAAAAGUCAUUGAAAAGCAGGACUAAUACAAAAUGUAUCAUUCAAUGUUUUCUUACUACUGGUGAAGGUCCUUAGAUAAAGGAUAACUGGAAGAAACGAAAAAUACUUUAUAUCGUGUAGGUUUAGUUCUUGCCAAACUUGAUGUUCAUUGAACCAUUUUUUGAUAUCAGAACUUGACAGAGCUGCGAGAGGAGUAUGGGCCAUAUACUUGUAUUGCUCGGAAUGUAGUUGUGAGCCAUUAAGUUUGGCUAGAACAAGUCGUAAAUAAAAUAGGUAUUUUUAUAAUGACUGACGACUGCAUGAUACGAAAAUAUGACUGUGUGAUAUCUGGAUUCUUAUCCCUAGUAAAAAUUUGGUCAGUCGCUUGCUAUUUUAGCCAUGACGUUGUCGGACAAGAUUUUUUUUUAAUACGCAAUAUUUGUAAAAAACAUUAGGACAUGAACAAGACUUAAGCAUUACCUUGUUUAUAUAUUGUUUUCAAAAUAAGACGACAGGAUUACGUCACCACCAUUUCAGGAAAUAUGAACUUCUAAGUCAAAAUUAUUAUAAAAGCUCUUGAGGGUGAGAAAAUAACUAGUCACAUCAGUCUGAAAAUAUAACACUGGACUAAGGACUGAUUUCUUUUACCCUCAUAGAGCGUUUGUUAUCAUAGUAAGAUAGACGGUGUUUCCUCAGGAAUGUGCUAUUAUGAAAGCUAGAACUUAUUACCCAUAAGAGGGCCCAAGUACACCGACGAAAAAAAUAAACGUCCGUUUUUCUUAAAACAACUGUUUACUUUGUAAAUUCAACGUGAAGUCCAUAGUGCCUAAGCAGUUGUCUUAGGAAAACUGACGUACCUAUAUGUCGAGAUCAAAGGGCCCUGAGCCGCUUCGAUAAUCAGCAUUGUACGACAUGGAUCGAUGGAAAACAAAUACUACUGAAUCUGUUCUAGUAGUACCUACUAUGUAGCAUAGAAAACAGCCUUUCUUGGCUGUUAAAAAUACGCACAUAAAGGAAUGUGGUUUACUUAAGAAACUUUGACUGUCCUGGCAACUGUAGUAAAAUGUUUACGGUUACUUUAUUGUAAUAAUGUCUAUAAUAAUAAUGUCUGGACACAUUUUCACACACGGUCGGUUAGCCCCAUGGUAAGUUAUUAAUUAACUUGUGUUAUGGGUGCUAACACAACUGAUAAACUAUAUAUAGCUACAUAUAUACAUAUUGUAACACCCAGACCACGGCCAACAAACAUGCUCAUCACACACAUGUCGACCGAACCGGGAAUCGAACCCGGGUAGUUAAUAAAGUAAGAACUGCUUUGCGGUAAUAUGACAUUGCGAUAGCAAGCUGUAGACAGUUUGUGAAUUCAAUUCUUUUAUCAGUUACUCAAUCAAUACCAAUACCAAUAUUGUGAAUGUUAUCAUUAUCACUGUGUCACAAUCUUUCAUGGAAUACUGAAGACAAGAACUGUACUUAUGCCGAGUCUACCAACAACUUUUCUUAUAACAACUGUUUUCGAAUUUUCAUGUUCUAUUUUCAAAGUAAACGGUGGUUUUAAGAAAAAAGUUUUAAUCUUGUUGGUGUACUUGGGCUUUAGUGAAUUAUUUGUUUUAAGGAGGAGGUGCUCAAUGACUGCUUUUUUUAUACUUUUUUUAUUUAGUUCUGUAAUUGGUUUCGUAUUUUUAUUUUUAAGAACUGUUACAAUCUUUUGUAUUAUGCUACGUUUCAACUGGGCUUAGAUUAAAACACAGCAAAUGAGUAAUAUAGUAUAUUUUUAAAAUAAA